UGAGCGGCGACGCGCACUUUUAGAACGUGUUUGUGACCCGCCUUCCGGAAGGAAGCGGUUAACUAUGGCGACCGCCACGGAGCAGUGGGUCCUGGUGGAGAUGGUUCAGGCACUCUACGAGGCUCCUGCUUACCAUCUUAUUUUGGAAGGGAUUCUGAUACUCUGGAUAAUCAGACUUCUUUUCUCUAAGACUUACAAAUUACAAGAACGAUCUGAUCUUACAGUCAAGGAAAAAGAAGAACUAAUUGAAGAGUGGCAGCCAGAACCUCUUGUUCCUCCUGUCCCGAAAGACCAUCCCGCUCUCAACUACAACAUCGUUUCAGGCCCUCCAAGCCACAAAAUUGUGGUGAAUGGAAAAGAAUGUAUAAAUUUUGCCUCAUUUAAUUUUCUUGGAUUGUUGGAUAACCCUAGGGUUAAGGCAGCAGCUUUAGCAUCUCUAAAGAAGUAUGGCGUGGGGACUUGUGGACCCAGAGGAUUUUAUGGCACAUUUGCUCCAGUUAGUGAAAUGGAUCAUACAUACAGAAGAUAUGGACAUCAGAAAUUGAAGAAAAAUGUUCAUUUGGAUUUGGAAGACCGCCUGGCAAAAUUUAUGAAGACAGAAGAAGCCAUUAUAUACUCGUAUGGAUUUGCCACCAUAGCCAGUGCUAUUCCUGCUUACUCUAAGAGGGGGGACAUUGUUUUUGUAGACAGAGCUGCCUGCUUUGCUAUUCAGAAAGGAUUACAGGCAUCCCGUAGUGACAUUAAGUUAUUUAAGCAUAAUGACAUGGCUGACCUCGAGCGACUACUAAAAGAACAAGAGAUCGAAGAUCAAAAGAAUCCUCGCAAGGCUCGUGUAACUCGGCGUUUCAUUGUAGUAGAAGGAUUGUAUAUGAAUACUGGAACUAUUUGUCCUCUUCCAGAAUUGGUUAAGUUAAAAUACAAAUACAAAGCAAGAAUCUUCCUGGAGGAAAGCCUUUCGUUUGGAGUCCUAGGAGAGCAUGGCCGAGGAGUCACUGAACACUAUGGAAUCAAUAUUGAUGAUAUUGAUCUUAUCAGUGCCAACAUGGAGAAUGCACUUGCUUCUAUUGGAGGUUUCUGCUGUGGCAGGUCUUUUGUAAUUGACCAUCAGCGACUUUCCGGCCAGGGAUACUGCUUUUCAGCUUCGUUACCUCCCCUGUUAGCUGCUGCAGCAAUUGAGGCCCUCAACAUCAUGGAAGAGAAUCCAGGUAUUUUUGCAGUGUUGAAGGAAAAGUGCAGACAAAUUCAUAAAGCUUUACAAGGGAUUUCUGGAUUAAAAGUGGUGGGGGAGUCCCUUUCUCCAGCCUUUCACCUGCAACUGGAAGAGAGCACUGGGUCUCGCGAGCAAGAUGUCAGACUGCUUCAGGAAAUUGUAGAUCAAUGCAUGAACAGAAGUAUCGCAUUAACUCAGGCGCGCUACUUGGAGAAGGAAGAGAAGUGUCUCCCUCCUCCCAGCAUUCGGGUUGUGGUCACGGUGGAACAAACAGCAGAAGAACUGGAGAGAGCUGCGUCCACCAUCAAGGAGGUGGCCCAGGCCGUCCUGCUCUAGGGACAGUCCCAGGACCGUGGCCUCCUGCCACACAAUAGGCAGACAGGACUCAAGACUCCCACUGGCCACGGAGGGGCCUGAAGGAGAGCAAGAACAUGUGGAUCUUUGAUAGGAUUGUUACCAAAUGAUGUCAAUAUGGACCAAUUGACCAUGAGAAGGAUGCUUAUUUUUUUAAAAAGAAAACACAUCUAAAAGCCCAGGAACUGAUUUUUUUAAAGAGGAAAACUAACGACAGUGUAUAACUGAUAUUUAAAUUGUGCAUUUAGUACUAUUUAAAUGUUUUCUUAUACUAGUAUUUUAUAUUCUUUUGUUGUCGUUUAAAACUGGAGCUUCAGUGUCUCUUCCCUCCCUUCUAAUAGUAAUGAUACAGUAAGCACUCCUUAACUCCUUAAUAUUUCAUGUAAAAGUGACUGCAGCAUUAAAGCUAAGGGGAACACUUCAACGUAUGUGGUACAAAUUUAUGUUGAAGAUCUAAUUAAACCACAGAUUUUCCACUCUUCGUCGUGUGAAGCUAAAUGGUGGCUAAAAGGAACACUUUUUGUGUGAUUAUUAUAAACUUUGCCUUGUAUUUGAAUCCUAGAACUUUUGUACACACUAAGUAUUGAUGUCACACCAUUUCUAAACUGAGCAUCCCUAGCCAGAGAAUGUUCAUUAUACUUCCUAAGUGAGCAAUAAUUUAAAUCAGAUGCUAUUUUAUUUUAAUAUAAUUGAUAUAAUUGACCUUUCUUUACAUUUCUUAUGUGUUCACCUCUAAUCUGUUUUAGGAAGAGGGUUGGUUUUUAUGUUGAUCCCAGAAUAUAAAUAAUAUCCUUUAUAUUUUAGAAUAUCUCAAAUGUAUUCCUUUUCUGUAUGGUGGGUUUGCCUAGGGACAUGUAACUACAGGCUUUUUCUAAGCUAAGGAAAAAGAUAAUUUUUCUUUUCAGCUUACAGAUUCCCGAUAUCUACAAAAGAUGUGAAAGCACUAAAAAUACCAUUUUUAAGCAGUACUUUACCUGUUUUUUCUUUAGCAAACCAGGUUACGUGGUAUAAAGAUUUGUUAUAUGUGCCACAAGAUAGCAUAUAAAUAUGACACCAUCAUUCCUUCUCUUGUUAAAGGUAGAAGAAUAAAAUUACCAUUUUUAUAAGCUAUGCUCAUAUUACUCAAAUGAUCUUCAACAUCUUUUUAAAUAACACGUAUUUUUUGAAUGUUCAGUUUCUAUUUUGCUUGAGGUAUUUUGUACAUAUGUGCCUUGUGAUGGCUGCUGCUUUGAAGGAUAAAGUUCUCUUUGGGGAUGAGUCUGGUUUGUUUUGUUUUAUUUUUUAAUGAAAUAAACCUACAUUCCUGAUUA